AUGGCCAUCGAUUUACAGCAGAACACUAUUAUAGAGUUAUGCCAGAUGUUUUGGACCAUUGAUGGAUUUCAUGCAUGGCAAAGAAUAAAAGACAUUGGUUCACAUGAAAAAACAGAAGCCCAUAUAAAUGCUUCUAUUGUGGUUAAGUUAAAAUUAUUAGCUAUACCAGUUCUUCCACAAAUUGCUGAAAAUAGAGAAAUUGUUAAUACUUUAAUUGAAAUAACAUUGUUUCUCGGUAAACAUUCACUACCAUUUCGAGGACAUCGUGAAAAUUGGGAAUAUAGACUCAGAGGAAAUUUUAAAAAUCUAACUCCGAAGCAAAAUCAAUUAAUACAUUCUAUUGCCACAUGUUUGAGGACAACUAUACAGAAUGAAAUUAAGAAAUCUAAAUAUUUUAGUGUAGCAAUUGAUACAACAUUUGAUGCAUCAAAGCGUGAACAACUUGCAUUUAUUAUACGCUAUGUGUGUUGUAAUGAUCAUGUACCUGUUAUACGUGAAAGACUUAUUACUUAA